CCUUCAGCCGGUGUGCCGCCUGCUUAUCUCCUUCACUCGCCGUGCUCCUCGUCCUCCUCCCGCGGAAGAUUUUGUAGCGGAAGCGAGCAUGGGAGGCGCCGCCAUCCCGAGCCACGGCCUCGCCUGCGCACCGUCAGCCGCCAUCCCGCUGAACUCGCGGGCGCGGCGCGCUUCCGCUGGCAGUGGCGGCCACCGGAGCCGUCCCCGGCGGCUCCUGAGGAGCGACCUGCUGCCGGCGCCCGCCGUCCUCUGCCGAGCUCGCUCUCAGUCUUCUUCCUCGUCUAAUGUGAACUUUGGGAGAGAGGAUGAUGCAGACAAGUUGCUCGAGGAUUUGCUCAAACAACACGGCGAUGUGGUAUACAGCUCCGGUGGAUCUCCGGCUCCGGCUGUUGAGGCCGACGACGACAACGAGUGCUUGUCCUUUGCUGUCUCACUGGCUAAAGUUGCAAGCGAGAUAAAGGCACAAGAUAUUCGUGUACUUUGCGUGGAGCGGCUCGUUUACUGGACUAGGUUUUUCAUAAUUAUCACUGCCUUCUCAAAUGCUCAGAUUGAUGCUAUCAGUUCCAAGAUGAGAGAUAUUGGCGAGAAGCAGUUUAGCAAAGUUGCAUCUGGUGAUACGAAACCAAAUUCUUGGACCUUACUGGACUUUGGUGAUGUUGUAGUCCAUAUAUUUCUUCCGCAACAACGGGCAUUCUAUAACUUGGAAGAGUUCUACGGCAACGCCACACCCAUCGAACUCCCAUUUGACACCCAAUUCCAGUGAUUGGUAUCUGAACCAGCACUGGGAAGCAUUGCAAUCAAGCCAACUGACUGCUUGCUCCAUUGAGAAGUGAGGUUUUUGCCAAGCCAAGCAACAAUGUAUCACCGAAAUUCUUGACAUCGUCAUCUUAUUGAUCAUAUGCGGAGAGCUGCCCAGAGAGAGAGAGCCUUGUGCCCUGGUCACAACUGACAAAUGCUACCUGCUACUGCUCUCAUAAAGCGCAAAAGUGGCACCUUGAUGCAAAAAUUCUCCUUAUGUAUUGUCAGGCUCUGUAUUAUUUGUAUGAACUAUCAAAUAAUGUUGGCAGAAAGAGGAAUGGAAGGUAGAAGAUUGUCAGAUUCUAAAUGUA